AAUUAAUAAACCUUCGUCACCAAACCAUUUAGUCUCUCUCUCAUCUGCAGCUAUAAAAACCAACCCCUUUCUCUCUACUGGUCCACCUACUUCGUCUGCCUUAUUCCGCAUCUCUCUUAAAACUUUUCUCUCUCUCGAGCAAUCCGUCAAAACCAUGUCUGCCUUCACCAGCAAAUUCGCCGGCAAGCUUUUCGUUGAUAUCUUGAAGGAAGGAGGAGUUCUUCCCGGUAUCAAAGUCGACAAGGGUACCGUUGAGCUAGCCGGAACCAACGGUGAGACAACCACUCAGGGUCUCGACGGUCUCGGUGAGCGAUGCAAGAAGUACUACGAGGCUGGUGCCCGUUUCGCCAAGUGGCGUGCGGUCCUCAAGAUCGGCGAGAACGAGCCAUCAGAGCACUCGAUCCACGAGAAUGCCUACGGAUUAGCCAGAUACGCCGUCAUCUGCCAAGAGAACGGUCUCGUACCCAUCGUCGAGCCCGAGAUCCUUGUCGACGGAUCCCAUGACAUCCACAAGUGUGCCGCCGUCACCGAGCGUGUCCUCGCAGCUUGCUACAAGGCUCUUAGCGACCACCACGUCUUGCUCGAGGGAACUCUCUUGAAGCCCAACAUGGUCACUCCUGGAUCAGACGCCGCCAAGGUUGCACCAGAGGUCAUCGCUGAGCACACCGUCCGUGCCCUUCAGAGAACCGUCCCAGCGGCCGUUCCAGCCAUCGUGUUCUUGUCCGGUGGACAGAGCGAGGAGGAAGCAACCAAGAACUUGAACGCGAUGAACCAGUUGAAGACGAAGAAGCCAUGGUCAUUGUCUUUCUCGUUCGGGCGUGCGUUGCAACAGAGCACAUUGAAGACGUGGGCAGGCAAAGAGGAGAACGUGAAGGCCGCUCAAGAGGCGUUGUACGUGAGGUGCAAGGCUAACUCUGAAGCCACUCUUGGAACCUACAAGGGUGAUGCUAAGCUCGGUGAUGGAGCCGCAGAGAGCCUUCACGUGAAGGACUACAAGUACUGAGAGUCGUCGUCGUCGAUGGGUUUCUGUUGUGACGUCAUCAUCACCCUCGAUAUAUUUCUAGGGGUUUUUACUUUUUUUCUAUUGACAUUAUCGGAUCAACGAUACGUUUCGAUUUUUGUUUUGAGUUUCGUUUCGAUUUGUGUUUUUGAUUUUCGGAUUGGGUGUUUUCUUUUUUAGAAUUGAGUGUUUAAGAAACGCCCAAAUAAAAAGCCAUUUGAGGUUAUUUCUGUUGAACUCUUUUGGGGAUUUGAAAACAGUUUUAUGUUGAUUUUCCGCUAAUUGAGCUUAGUUUACGAUUGCAUUUCUUUCGGAUUUUGUAUAAUCCAUUGUUAAAUUUAUAUAUUCUCCAACUCGUCAGCCUUGUCUAGCA